CGAGUGGAGCCCCUACCUGCAGCGCCGAGCCGAGCGCCGCCGGCUUUGUUCGCUUUGUCUGCGCGCACCUGAGUGGCCUGCCGGGAAGGUCGCCAUCCUGGAGAGCAUACCGGCGCCGCACCAGGUCUGACAACAUGCCUCCAUUUCUGUCUCCGCCAGCUGUCUGCAUACUCCUCUUCUCUACGGUGUCCCCAUCCAUCUCUCUUCAGGAAGUCCAUGUGAGCAGGGAGACCAUUGGGAAGAUCGCAGUGGCCAGCAAAUUGAUGUGGUGCUCAGCGGCGGUUGACAUCCUGUUUCUGUUCGAUGGCUCUCACAGCGUUGGGAAAGGCGGCUUCGAGAGAUCCAAGCACUUUGCCAUCACUGUCUGUGACGCUCUGGACAUCAGCCCUGGGAGGGUCCGAGUGGGAGCCUUGCAGUUUGGUUCCACUCCUCAUCUGGAAUUCCCCUUGGACUCCUUUUCCACCAGACAGGAAGUGAAGGCAAACAUCAAGAGGAUAGCUUUCAAAGGCGGGCGCACAGAGACGGGCCUCGCUCUGAAACGCCUGCGCAGAGGGUUCCCCGGAGGCAGAAACGGUGCUGUGCCCCAGCUCCUUAUCAUCAUCACGGAUGGCAAGUCCCAGGGGCCCGUGGCUCUGCCAGCUAAGCAGCUGAGAGAAAGAGGCGUCGUAGUGUUUGCCGUAGGGGUCCGGUUUCCCAGGUGGGACGAGCUGCUCACACUGGCCAGUGAGCCAAAGGACCAGCAUGUGCUGCUGGCUGAGCAAGCGGAGGAUGCCACCAACGGCCUCCUCAGCACCCUCAGCGGCUCGGCGCUCUGCACCUCCGCGGACGCAGAUUGCAGGGUGGAAGCUCACCCCUGUGAGCGCAAGACCCUGGAGACCGUCAGGGAACUUGCUGGCCAUGCCCUGUGCUGGAGGGGAUCGAGGCAGGCGGAUGCUGUGCUGGCUGUGCGAUGUCCCUUUUACAGCUGGAGGAGAGUGUUCCAAACGCACCCUGCCACCUGCCAUAGGACCAUCUGCCCAGGCCCCUGUGACUCCCAGCCCUGCCAAAAUGGAGGCACAUGCAUCCCAGAGGGUGUGGAUAGGUACCACUGCCUCUGCCCGCUGGCAUUCGGAGGGGAAGUCAACUGUGCCCCGAAGCUGAGCCUGGAGUGCAGGAUCGAAGUCCUCUUCCUGCUGGAUAGCUCUGCGGGCACCACUCUGGAGGGUUUCCAGCGGGCCAAGGCCUUUGUGAAGCGCUUCCUGCAGGCCGUGCUGAGUGAGGACUCCCGGGCCCGCGUUGGGGUGGCCAGUUACAGCAGGGAUCUGGUGGUGGCCGUGCCUGUCGGGGAGUACCAGGAUGUGCCAGACCUGGUCAGGAGGCUCGACAGUGUUCCCUUCCGUGGUGGCCCAGCCCUGACUGGCAGUGCCUUGCUGCAGGUGACAGAGCAUGGCUUUGGGACUGCCAGCAGGACAGGCCAGGACAGGCCACGCAGAGUGGUGGUUCUGCUCACUGAAUCACACUCACAGGAUGACGUGGCUGGGCCAGCAGACCACGCAAGGGCUCGGGAGCUACUCCUCCUGGGCGUGGGCAGUGAGAUCGUGCAGGCGGAGCUAGAGAUCAUCACAGGCAGCCUGAAGCACGUGAUGGUCUACACAGACCCUCAGGACCUAUUCAGCCAGAUCCCGGAGCUCCAGAGGAGGCUGUGCAGCCAGCCACAGCCAGGCUGCCAAGCACAGUCACUGGACCUGGUGUUCCUGCUGGAUGCCUCUGCCUCAGUGGGACCUGAGAACUUUGCUCAGAUGCAGACCUUCAUCAGGAAAUGCACCCUCCGCUUUGAUGUGAACCCUGAUGUGGCACAGGUUGGCCUGGUGGUGUACGGCAGCCAGGUGCAGACAGCCUUCGGGCUGGACACCCAUCUUACCCGUGCCGCCGUGUUGCGGGCCAUGAGCCAGGCCCCCUACCUCGGGGGGGUGGGCUCUGCUGGCACAGCCUUGCUGCACAUUGAUGACAAGGUGAUGAGUGUCCAGAGGGGCGCCCGCCCUGGUGUCCCCAAAGCUGUGGUGAUGCUCACGGGUGGGAGUGGGGUAGAAGACGCAACUGUCCCUGCCCAGAAGCUGAGAGACAAUGGCAUCUCAGUCUUGGUUGUGAGCGUGGGGGCUGUCCUCAGGGAGGCAGUGCGGAGGCUCGCUGGUCCCCGGGACUCCCUGAUCCAUGUGGCAGCUUACUCGGACCUACGGUACCACCAGGACGUGCUCAUUGAGUGGAUAUGUAGAGAAGCCAAGCGGCCAGUCAAUCUCUGCAGACCCAGCCCAUGCAUGAAUGAAGGCACCUGUGUCCUAAAGAAUGACAGUUACCGCUGCGAGUGUCGGGGUGGCUGGGAAGGCCCCCACUGUGAGAACCGCGUCUUGAGAGGAGAUGCCCCCAUGGCACGUAGCUCCCGCCAAGAGCCCACCGGAGGACGGCAGCCAACCCCCCAGCAAGCUCCUGGGCAUCUCAGGAUCUGAAAGGCACUGUCUGCGGCCCGGUGCACCUCCUGGGGGUUCUGGAGCAUCUGCUUCCAGCUCUGAGCAGAGCUGUCCUGCCCACCAGCCUCUGCCACAGAGGACCGUGCUGCUUGGGACAGCAGCUGCUGCAGCUGUCCGUCACUAUGGUGAUGUUGGAAACUGCUAAUGUGUCAGUAUUUACCUCCUGUACCGUUUGUCACUUUUCCUGAGGAUAAGAAAGAGGCCAGGGAGCUUGAUGGCCUGCUGGAGGGCCACUUUGACCAUCACAGAUGCUAGAGAGACUACUGCAAGGUAGUAAUGCCUGGAGGAAGACAUCUGCCGGAGCGUACCAUGCAGUGAUGGUUUUGACACGAAAGGUGGACUUCUCCUUUUCCCAAAAGAGAACUCCUAUGGAUUUAGUUUGAAAGGGGAUUAUGUGCCAUUUGUGAGGUUUUCUGGUGACCAGAUCUGUGUGUGGGAAAGACCUGGGAAGGUCUCAGACAGCAGUUUGACCAAUUAGCCAGUUUGUAUAUAGGGAAGGGGCGUUCUGUGCAAAGGG